UGUACCCCAAUGAGAACCGCUAACUCUGAAUUCAGGGUUAUAUUUUGUUUUACACCUUGACCGAGUCUGUUUCAUUAUAUUGGAAAUUUUGUGUUCCUGUAGUUCUGGGUUAAUUGUGGGAAAAGUUUUUGAAUUUAGGCUUUUUUUACUUCACGCAUUUUUAAUUUUUGGGUUGAUUGUUCUUGCGGAGUGUUAUGAACUUUUAACUUUAAUUAGUGGAUGGGUAAACCACCAUGAACUUUUAACUUUUGGGGAUUUUCGGGUUGAGAUUCUUUUAUGUAGUGUUAAAAAUUUGUUGAUUUAAACAGCUAACAGAGUGUGCGAGCUGAAACCAACAGGAAGGUGGCCAAUUAAGUGAGGGUGUUAGUGAGUUUGAGCUUAUUGGGAGAACCUAUUAGUUUAGUUGUGAGGAAAUAUUUCCUCGGAAAAUGGCUUAGUUCUGCCUUUUAGUUGCUUACAAGAUAUUCAUUGGAAACUAAUUUUGGCUGUUGGCAUCUAUGAGGUUUUAAUAUUUUUCAAUUUAUGGUUCAAUAGGAUAGUAAACGUAUGGAAAAGGUACAUUGUGAUUGUCACUUGUCGUUGGUGAUUGGCUCCAGUCUACUGAUUAUAUGUUUUCCUUGUUAGUUCUUUUCCUUUUCAUUGGACUGUGAAAGUUAAAAAAUUUUGAAUAUGACAUGAAGUUUUAUGAUUUCAAAACAACUGUGAAAUCUCUUAUUUUUCCCUGUACCAGCAGAACAUUGUUUAUUGUUGAUGAAUCAUCAUGAGUGCACCAAACAUAUUGAAAUGUGGAAAUGUUUUCUGCAAGAUAUUUUCUGUGAAAUCCAGAUCCUUAGAAGAAAACUGUAAAUUUGCUUGGUUAUUGACGCUGGCAAGAUAUGAAGAAUUGCGAAUUUAAAUUGUUUAUUUUGAAGAAAUAGCUUCACAUAAGGUCGUGCCACAGAACUAAUAUGAAGAAGCAUAGCAGAGGAGUUGAUAUCAACCUUGUAUUACUUAUAAUUGGAGAAUUGAUUACUUGAAUUCAUCAAUCAGAAAACAUGUCAUUGUAGGAACUAGAAUAAGAUAUAAAACCAACUGAAUAAACCAAUAUGGAGAGUUGAGAUGAGAUAAAUUGGCAUUGAUCGGUGCUUAAAAUUUUAUUUGGUUUUUCCUUUGGGCUUCAAUCAGUAUUUUGUAGCUAAAGUGUUCCUAAAUAUUUGAUGUGGCAAUUACUUGUCACAUUCAUAUCAUGUUAGUGGCAGCCUUGAUAGGAUUGUAUGUGGAAGCAUUGAUGGCAUUUGUUCACCCCCCAUGACAUGAGAUCACAAAUCCAUGUCCUUUGUGAAUAUAGCGGCAAUUUGGAUGACUGGUUUAGACAAAAUAAGACAAAUUGCAAGCAUAGACAUGUUCUGUACUUGUCAAUGUCUACUUUUGUACAGUCUUAGACAUUGCCUUGAAUAUCUGGAGAAGUAACAAAAAUUUAGGAGAAAAGUCAACUUUCUAUUCUAUUAACGGUCUUUCCCAAAUCAAAUGCACCAGAACAGCACGGUUCCGUUGAUACAGUAUUGUCAGCAACUCCAGUCUACCCUAUCAAGUCAUGAGGCAUGUUUUACCCAAACUGCAGAUUCAUUGUUUUUCUUGCAUGAGGGGCUACAACAAGCUCGGGCACCUAUCUAUGAUGUUCCAUCCGCUAUAGAAGUCCUCCUUACUGGAUCUUAUCAGCGUUUGCCAAAAUGCAUUGAAGAUGUAGGUAUGCAAAGCACAUUAACUGAGGAGCAGCAGAAGCCAGCUCUGAAGAAGUUGGACACACUUGUGCGUUCUAAGCUACUUGAAGUUACACUCCCAAAGGAAAUAUCAGAGGUGAAAAUUUCUGAUGGUACAGCACUACUUCGUGUGAAUGGUGAAUUUAAGGUAUUAGUGACACUUGGUUACCGAGGGCACCUAUCAAUGUGGAGGAUAUUGCAUUUAGAGUUGCUUGUUGGUGAGAGAAGUGGACCUGUGAAACUGGAAGAACUGCGACGGCAUGCUUUGGGAGAUGAUUUAGAGCGUAGAAUGGCAGGGGCAGAAAAUCCAUUCAUGAUACUAUAUUCAGUUCUCCAUGAGCUUUGCAUUUCACUCAUUAUGGAUACUGUCAUAAGGCAAGUACAAGUACUUCGUCAAGGAAGAUGGAAAGAUGCUAUUCGGUUUGAGCUCAUAUCUGAUGGGAGUAGUGGAUCUACACAACUAAACCAAGAUGGAGAAACUGAUUCAGCAGGUCUACGAACACCUGGAUUGAAAAUUGUAUACUGGCUAGAUUUGGAUAAAAACUCUGGUACAUCUGAUUCAGGGACAUGCCCAUUUAUAAAAAUUGAACCAGGAUCAGAUCUGCAGAUAAAGUGUGUCCAUAGCACAUUUGUUAUAGAUCCAAUUAAUGGUAGAGAGGCAGAAUUUUCCCUGGACCAAAGUUGCAUUGAUGUUGAAAAGUUGCUGUUAAGAACUAUAUGUUGUAAUAGAUAUACUCGCCUACUUGAAAUUCAGAAAGAGUUGGGGAAAAAUGCUCAAGUCUUUCGUGCUGCUGGUGAUGUUGUGCUUCAGUCCCACAUGGAGGAACCUGAUGUUGACUCCAAAAAGAAAGAAAUUAAAAAUGAUGGCAGAGAAUAUGAGGGGCAGGAAGCACUACUUGUUCGUGCCUAUGGCUCAUCAUUUUUUACACUUGGAAUAAACAUAAGGACUGGCCGCUUUCUUCUCAGAUCAUCCCAAAGUAUGCUCUCUCCUGCUACGUUGGUAGAAUAUGAAGAAGCUUUAAAUCAAGGAAGUAUGACUGCUGCUGAAGUUUUUAUCAACUUGAGAAGCAAAAGCAUUUUGCAUUUAUUUGCAUCUAUUGGUAGAUUUCUUGGCCUUGAGGUAUAUGAACAAGGUUUCACCAUUGUAAAAAUGCCUAAAACCCUUUUGAGUGGUUCAACCAUGUUGAUAAUGGGGUUCCCAGAUUGUGGGAAUUUAUAUUUUCUGCAUGUGCAACUGGAUAAAGAUUUCAAACCUCUGUUCAAGUUGCUGGAGACUCAGGCUGAUCCUUCUGCGAAAAGUCAUUCUUUUAAUGAUUCUAAUCAUGUGAUGCGUAUAAAGAAAGUUGAUGUUAGCCAGAUGCAGAUAUUUGAAGAUGAGUUGAAUCUAAGUCUACUUGACUCGGGAAAAUUGACUGGCUGUUUGCCAGCUGGAGGUUCCAGUCAGACCUCUGAACACGGCCUUCUUUCUGAAUUCAGUCUUGAAGGUCCUAUGCAAAUUGCAGGAUGUCCUCCAUCAAGUUUUUCAUCUGUUGUUGAUGAAAUAUUUGAACAUGAGAAAGGGGCAGCAGCACCUUCAUUCCCUCUUCAGAAUCUUACAUCUUACAAUGCAUCUCCUGCUUCUCGUUUUGGCUCUGUUCCAAUGAAUCUUCACACUGCUAAAGCUGGAACUCCCUCUCCUAAGUGGGAAGGAGGUCUUCAGGUAUCUCAGAUGAACAAUGUUGUAAAAGUUUCAAAUGUAGCUUCCCAUUAUAAUGGUUCGCUGUAUCCGUCAAACAAUGUGAAGGGCCCAAUGCACUCCAAUUCAUAUAGUUCGCUAUCUUCUGGUUUAGGAAGGGGCACUACUGUAAAAAAGUUAUCAGCUUCAAAAUCUGAUCAGGAUUUGGCUUCUCUUAGAUCUCCCCAUUCUGUAGAAGUUGGUUCUAGUUCCUCAGUGGAUGAAGAUCAUUUGAGGCUGCUGAAUGAUACUUCAAUGGACGCCCUAUCAGGAAGUAGAUCAUCCCGACUAUUAUCUCCAUCCCAGUCAACUGGCUCUCGAGCCUCUACUCCUGGUGGAAAACACAGUGGACUGAGAAGCUCCCCCACUGGGCCUCUAGCUGGUUCAGUUAGAGGCACUGGAUCAAGCUCAUUAGCCACAACUCCCGUAUCUCAGGCAGCAGGAGACACUGCAGUUUUUCAUGGCUCUGGUCAUAAUGUUUCCAAACCUGAUAAAAAUCCAAGAAAACGAACGGUUUCAGAUAUGUUGAAUUUGAUUCCAUCACUCCAAGAUACUGAUUCCAAGGCAGGAUUUUCUAAGAGGAAGAAGACGUCAGAAUCAGCUCUCUCUCAGCAGCAUUCAUCACAGAUGCUUUUAGCAUCAGAAAUGAUGUUUAAAAAUGAGGGAUACAGUUAUGGAAAUCUAAUAGCUGAAGCAAAUAAGGGGAAUGCACCUUCAAACAUUUAUGUCUCAGCUCUUCUACACGUGGUUAGGCAUUGUUCAGUUUGUAUUAAGCAUGCCAGAUUAACUAGCCAGAUGGAUGCUCUGGAAAUUCCAUACGUGGAGGAGGUUGGACUAAGAAAUGCAUCCUCAAAUAUAUGGUUCCGACUUCCAUUUGCCCGAGGUGAUUCAUGCCAGCAUAUUUGCUUGCGGCUUGGCAGACCAGGAAGCAUGUAUUGGGAUGUCAAAAUAAAUGAUCAACACUUUCGAGAUUUAUGGGAGCUUCAGAAGGGCAGCAGUACAACACCUUGGGGCUCUGGAGUUCGCAUUGCCAAUACAUCUGAUGUGGACUCCCAUAUCCGUUAUGAUCCAGAGGGUGUUGUUCUGAGUUAUCAGUCUGUUGAGGCUGAUAGCAUAAAGAAGCUAGUGGCAGAUAUUCGAAGGCUUUCUAAUGCUAGAAUGUUUGCCCUUGGAAUGCGUAAGAUCCUUGGAGUAAGACCGGACGAGAAAUCAGAUGAAAAUAGUGCAAACUCUGAUGUUAAAUUGCCAGCUGGGUGUAAAAGUGGUGUUGAGGCAACUGAUAAGCUAUCAGAACAGAUGAGGAGGGCAUUUAAAAUAGAGGCAGUUGGGCUAAUGAGUUUGUGGUUUAGUUUUGGUUCUGGUGUACUUGCUCGCUUUGUUGUUGAGUGGGAAUCAGGUAAAGAGGGAUGCACAAUGCAUGUUUCUCCUGACCAACUAUGGCCACAUACUAAGUUUCUGGAAGAUUUUAUAAAUGGUGCUGAAGUUGCAUCCCUUUUGGAUUGCAUUCGUCUCACUGCAGGACCAUUGCAUGCUCUGGCAGCUGCUACCCGUCCUGCACGAGCUGGUCCUGCUCCAGGGGUUCCUGGGGUAACUUCAGCUAUUGCUUCUAUGCCGAAACAAGCAGGGUAUGUGCAAUCCCAGGGAGUUUUGGGUAGCAGUUCUGCUAACAAUGUUAGUCAGCCAACUUCUGUCCCUGUAGGGAAUGCUGUUGCAUCUAGUGGUACUGUUCCGAUGGGAAAUAUUAGUCUCCAUGGUUCUGCAAUGUUAGCUGGUGCUGGUCGAGGGGGCCCUGGCAUUGUUCCUAGUUCAUUGUUGCCAAUUGAUGUUUCCGUUGUCUUACGUGGGCCAUACUGGAUUCGAAUAAUUUAUCGCAAGCAUUUUGCAGUUGAUAUGAGAUGCUUUGCUGGAGAUCAGGUUUGGCUGCAGCCAGCAACACCACCUAAGGAAGGCCCAAAAGUUGGAGGUUCACUGCCUUGUCCACAAUUUCGUCCUUUCAUAAUGGAGCAUGUUGCCCAAGAAUUGAAUGGAUUAGAUCCGGGCUUCACUGGUGGUCAACAGACAGCUGGGCUAGCUAAUUCAAACCCCUCAAAUCCAGGUUCAGGUUCUCAAUUAUCAGGUGCUAAUGGAAAUAGAGUUAACUUGCCUAGUUCUGCAGUACUUUCUAGGGCAGCUACCCAAGUUGCUGCUCUAAAUCGUGUUGGAAAUGCAGUUCCAGGAUCUUCAAAUUUGGCUGUUGUGAGCUCAGGAUUGCCUAUACGGAGACCCCCUGGUGCUGGUGUUCCUGCUCAUGUGAGAGGAGAACUAAAUACAGCCAUUAUUGGUCUUGGUGAUGAUGGAGGGUAUGGAGGUGGCUGGGUUCCUCUUGUAGCUCUUAAGAAGGUUCUAAGGGGUAUUCUCAAGUAUCUUGGAGUGCUUUGGCUAUUUGCCCAGUUACCAGAUCUUCUAAAAGAGAUCCUAGGAUCAAUCUUGAAGGACAAUGAAGGCGCACUCUUGAAUUUGGACCAGGAACAGCCAGCCUUGCGCUUCUUUGUGGGAGGUUAUGUAUUUGCUGUAAGUGUCCACAGAGUUCAACUUCUUCUUCAAGUUCUCAGUGUUAAGCGUUUUCAUCAUCAGCAGCAGCAACAACAGCAACAGAACUCCGCUACUUCUCAAGAAGAAUUAACUCAAUCAGAAAUAGGAGAGAUAUGCGACUAUUUCAGUCGCCGUGUAGCAUCAGAACCUUAUGAUGCAUCUCGUGUUGCAUCAUUCAUUACCCUUCUCACCUUGCCAAUAUCAGUGCUGCGAGAAUUUCUAAAAUUGAUUGCAUGGAAGAAAGGGUUGACUCAGGUGCAAGGUGGAGAAAUAGCUCCUGGACAAAAACCUCGUAUUGAAUUGUGCCUUGAAAAUCAUGCUGGGAUUAAUGAGAAUGACAACUCUGAGAAUUCAUCUGCAGCUAAAAGCAAUAUUCAUUAUGAUCGGCCCCAUAGUUGUGUUGAUUUUGCACUCACUGUCGUUCUUGAUCCUGCUCAUAUACCUCAUGUUAAUGCUGCUGGUGGUGCUGCUUGGUUGCCAUAUUGUGUCUCGGUGAGGUUGAGAUAUUCAUUCGGGGAAAACACUAAUGUAACUUUCCUUGGAAUGGAAGGAAGCCAUGGAGGCCGAGCUUGCUGGCUGCGUGUUGAUGACUGGGAAAAAUGUAAACAGAGGGUGAUUCGAACUGUGGAAAUAAAUGGAUGUUCAACUGGAGAUGUUACACAAGGAAGGUUGAAAAUGGUUGCAGAUAGCGUGCAAAGAACACUACAUUUAUGCCUCCAAGGGUUAAGAGAUGGCAGUGGAGUUGCUGCAAGUUCUGGAGCAGCAUGAAUGAAUUCCUUUUCUGCGGGUAGAAAUAGAUCAUUGAAAUAGUUAAAGGUCGAUUUUGUUUUAAUCAUAUUUGGGUUUUGUGUAGAUUUACGAGCGUGGCCUUGUCCAUUUCUAGGUUCUGACAAUUUUGCUGAUGAAGAAACUGGCAGUUAGGGACUGGGAGGAGGGGAAUCUGGGAAUUCGUAAUAACAAUUUCUCGGGCAGUUUGUGGAGGGUUGAAGAUAUAUCCUGGGCCUGUCUUAUAUUAUUGGUAUUUAGCUAAUAUAAUCCUCUAAUGAGUGGGUAGGAUGUAGAAUAAUCUUGAAGAUAAGGGUAAUGAUUGUAGCUGUGGUUUUCCUUUGUACAGAAAUCACACUUUGCUGAGUGGACAAACUUUGUAAAAAAGAAAAAAUCAAGAUGCCUAAGGUUGUUAUACCUGGUAUUUUUCUUCAA